GUUUUGUCCGAGCGCAUAAAACAUUCAAGUCCAAAGCCUUCGACGAUCGCGUGAAUCUUAAGUAAAAAUAUUUAACAAGCUAUUUAGAAAGUAAUUAUAAAUUUAAAAUCUUUAAUUUGUACAUAAAAUACAGAAGAAAUUGUUUAAAAACUCGUGUGCAUUUGAAUAGAAGUGAGAAUUUGAUAGAAAAGUUUCUGUAAAAUUUUCAAGUUUUCAAAGAUGAAUCCCAAUAACCCCAGCCAAUGGCAUGUUCAAUUUCAACACGGCGGAACGCAAUAUGGGGCACCGGGUUCAACAUCUUAUACUCCAGCACAAGGAGCAUAUAAUUAUGGAACUCCUCAAAGAGCUCCAGGCUACACUGAUCAAUCAGCCAGCUACGCAGCAGCAUCUCAAACUUAUCCUCCUACUCCACAACCUACAUAUGAUUACGGAUAUGGACGUCCCGCACAAACUUACGACACCACCAAAACUUAUUAUCAACAAGCAAGCGCAAGCUACGUCGCUGCUCCUAGUUAUGUCGACCCAAACGCUGCUAAAACUUAUGCACAACCACCGACUCGUGCUCCAAUUCCACAAAAAGUAACACAAUAUUCAGCACCCGCAUCAAUGGCGGCUGCUAAUAAACAGCAAACAACAAAUGCUCCUUCAGCUGCUUAUUCCAACUAUGACAGUGCUUUAUAUUCAGCAACUGUUUACAUGGCUCAACAAAAUAACAAAACUCCAAAUCCAAAUCAACCACAGCAACCUGGAUGGCAGAAAAAAGGAAAUCCUUUCAAGCAACGACAAAAAGCAGUUAACGCUAAUAAAGUUCAACAAGUUCAUUAUUGUGACGUUUGUCGAAUCUCUUGUGCUGGACCUCAAACUUAUCGUGAACAUUUGGAAGGGCAAAAACAUAAAAAACGCGAAGCAUUACAAAAGGCACAACAAGAUCCACAAACACAAUCUCAAGGCACAGUUCGUGGCUCUAAUUUAAGAUGUGAAUUAUGUGAUGUAACAUGUACUGGAAAUGACGCUUAUGCAGCACAUGUACGAGGAUCUAAACAUCAGAAAGUUGUGAAGCUUCAUACAAAAUUGGGAAAACCAAUUCCAUCAUCAGAGCCAACACCGAUUGGUGUUACAAAGGAAAAAGAUGGCGAGAGUGAUGAUGUUCCAGUUGGUGAAGAUAUAAAGCCUGUUGGUGAAGAAUAUAUUGAAGAGAUGAAAGAUGCUGAUGGAAAGAUUGUCACAUUUAAUUGUAAAUUAUGUGAUUGUAAGUUUAAUGAUCCAAAUGCAAAGGAAAUGCAUACAAAAGGACGUCGUCACCGCUUACAGUAUAAGAAGAAGGUUCAACCUGAUUUGAUUGUUGAUGUUAAGCCGACACUUCGUCAACGUAAAAUGGCCGAAAGAGAAAAACAACGUCAACAAAUGCAAGAAGAAUUUUGGAAUCGUCGUCGUGAUGGAGGCGACAUGGAUGAUGAUGAAAGAAUUUAUUGGGAAGAGAGACGUCGAUUUGAAGAAGAAUGUGGUGGUGAUGGCCAACCAUGGGCUCGUAACUUCCCGUUAAUGCGUGGUGGACGUGCACCGCUCAUAGGAUUUCCAAUGUUUAACAACGUUCGUCGUAUGGAAAGUCUUGAUGAUCGUCAUGUCAUUGCACGUCACGCUGAAAUUUAUCCGAAAGAAGAAGAAUUGCAAGCUAUUCAAAGAAUUGUUUCUCACACUGAACGAGCUCUCAAGUUGGUAAGUGACGCAAUGACUGAAAUAAAACCGAUUCAAGACGCACCACCAAAGCAAGAAGAGAACAUGGAAACUCAACCGAAUGCUGUUGAAAACGAAAGCAACAAAGAUAAUAAUGUCAAUGCUGAGGACAAAACUUGUGAAAAUAAGGAGAAUGGAAAUCAACAAAAUCAAAUGAUUUCAUUCCAAAAGGAAACUGAAGGCACUAUUAGACUGUUGAAAGGAGUUAUGCGAGUUGGAUUGCUUGCAAAAGGUUUGUUGUUACAAGGUGAUAGUGUAGUGCAGCUUGUUGUUUUAUGCGCUGAAAAACCAACAUCGGCAGUAUUAAAACGUGUCGUCAAUGAACUUCCCAUACAGUUAAAGAAAAUCUCUGAAGAACAAAAGUACACAGUAACAAUGGCACCAGUAGAAGGAGCUGUCUUAGUCAGUGAUGGCACCAUUAUUGUGAAAGUUUCUUUAACAUCGCCAUUGUUGAGAGAACCACCAGCUGACACCACCGCUAGUACCGAAACUGUUUCAAAUUCUGAAGAUCUACUGCCGAAAGAACCAUGCUUGCAAGCACUUGCGGCACUACGUCAUUCAAAAUGGUUCCAGGCUAGAGCAACGGGGCUAAAUUCUUGUGUUAUGAUCAUGAGAAUCAUGCGUGAUAUGUGUCAACGAAUUCCAACAUUCACGCCACUGAAUCAAUGGGCAAUGGAAUUGCUAACGGAGAAAAUAAUUUCAUCGGCUGGAAUGCCAUUAAGUCCUGGAGAUUGUCUACGUCGUGUUAUGGAAGCAAUUUCAAGUGGAAUCUUAAUAGUAGGCCCGGGCUUAAUGGAUCCUUGUGAGAAGGAACCUGUUGACGCUCUCAAUGGUUUAACUAAACAGCAACGUGAAGACAUAACAGUGACAGCUCAACAAUUCUUACGUUACAUUGCUUUUAGACAGAUACACAAAGUUUUAGGAAUGGAUGCACUUCCAAUUCAGAAAUAUCAAGGAAACCGUCCGUGGAAAUUCAAUGCAAGCCGCAAACGUCGUCGCUCUGGGACUGAAACGUCAGAAGGAGAUGGACAAAAAAUGGUUAAAAAAGAAGGUGAAAAUAAUGUUGCAGAAGCUGCUGGAGAGAAGAUGGAUACUGAAGCAAAAUAAGCAUUCUAUUUAUUAUCAUAUUUUCAUUCAAAUUAUCUCUGACACUAUGCAAACAAUGAAUUUAAUCUUAACUAUGAAAUAUUCCUAGAACUUGUGAAACUGAAUUAUAAUAAUAAUAAUAAUGGGAAAAUCAUUAAUCAGAAUAAAAAAGAACUUUUGUCAAUGAUAAACAAUAAAUUUCGAGUUUUCCUUUCUGUUUAAAAUUCUUAUAAUUUUUAACGGAAAAUUUAUAUUUAAAUUGAAUUUCUU